AGGCUAACUAAGCAGCAGCAGCAGGCUUAAACCGGUGAUCUAGCGCUACUAGCUACUAUGGUCGCCACGUCCCUGGCAUUCGUGGCGCGCCGCGGCGAGCUGGAGCUGGUCGCGCCGGCCGGGCCGACGCCGCGCGAGCUCAAGCGGCUCUCGGACCUCGACGACCAGGAGAGCCUCCGGUUCUACCGCUCCGUCAUCUACUUCUACCGGGGCCGCCCCUCGCGGCCGCGCGCCGACCCGGCCAGGGUCGUACGCGAUGGGCUGGCCGCGGCGCUCGUGCACUACUACCCCAUAGCCGGACGGCUCCGCGAGCUGCCCGGCAGGAAGCUCGCCGUGGACUGCACCGGCGAGGGGGUGUGGUUCGUCCAGGCCGACGCGGACGUCGCGUUGGACGAGUUCGGCGACAGGCUGUGCCCGCCGGUCCCUUGCGCCGGCCAGCUCCUGUGCUUGCCGGAGAGCAACUCCGCCGUCGUCGUCGACCGGCCACUGCUCUACGUUCAAGUGACGAGAUUGAGGUGCGGAGGCUUCGUGUUAGGCAUCCAGGUGUGCCAUAACCUGGUGGACGCGCCGGGCGUCACGCAGUUCCUGCAGGCCGUCAGCGAGCUGGCGGGCGGCAUGGAGGCGCCAAGCGUGCGGCCGGUGUGGGCGAGGGAGCUGCUCGACGCGCGCGACCCCCCGUGCCCCAUCUACCAUCACCCCGAGUACGAGCUGGCAGCUGACGCGGCCAACGACAAGCUCCGUCCGGGCGCCGUGCUCGUGCACCGGGCGUUCCUCUUCGGCCCCGAGGAGUUGUCCUCGCUGAGGGACCAGCUACCGCCGCAGAUGAGGUCGAGGUGCUCCCGGUUCCUGCUCCUGUCGGCGUUCGCGUGGCGCUGCCGGACCGCGGCGCUCGGCUACGAGCCCGGCGACGAGGUGCGGUUCAUGUUCGUGGUGAACGCCCGCGGGAAGCGCGGCCGCCCGCUCCCCGAGGGGUUCUACGGGAACGCGCUCACCUUCGGCGUGGCGCGGACGACGGCCGGCGAGCUCUGCUCGGGAUCUCUGGGCCACGCCGUGGAGCUGAUCGUGGCCGCGAAGGCGCGGGUCGCCGCCGACGACUACGCGCAGUCGGUGGCCGACGCGCUGGUGCUGCGCGGGCGGCCGCGGUUCACGACGGCGCGGACGUAUCUUGUGACGGAUCUCACCAAGUCGAACCUGCACGAGGUGGACCUCGGGUGGGGCCUUCCGGUGUAUGGCGGGCCGGCCACGACGACGCUGGCCACUUUCCACAUUCCUGCGGCCGGCGGGGGGAUCACCGUGCCGAUGUGCCUGCCUCCGCGCGCCAUGGAGAGGUUCGCGGCCAAUGUGCGCGCGGGGCUCUCGGAGGCUUCUUCGCACCGUGGGCGUUCUAGUGGCGUGGAGUUGGCCGUGCUGUCCAGGAUGUAG